AUGUCGUACUACCGGGACAGUGGCUACGACGACCGCCCCGUCACCAUCAAGCGUUACGUCAUUCCCAACGAAGAGCGAGAAGACCGUCGAGAAUUCUCCAUGAGUCGCGACGACCCUUACGGUGAGCGGAAGCUCGUCAUCCACCGCAAUGAGCAUGAGGUCGAAUACGAGCCUCCCGCUCGAGACUACUAUGAACGUGAGUCGUCAGCACCCUCGGUGACACACACCCACCACCGGCUGUCCAAUCACUCUGGAGAACUUUCCCAUCAUUCUCAUCACACUGGGGAGCACCUCCAUCACCCCCAUCACCCCCACCAUGCCCAUCAUGCCCAUCAUGCUCAUCACACCGCGGAACAUCUGCAUAUGGAACAUCUCCAUGUGUCGGAGAACCGCCCGGGUCCUCGGCCCGGUCCACUUAUUAUUCAGGAGCAGCCGAUAACAAUUGUACAAUCAGCUCGCAAUGUCUAUGCUAGUCCUCGUGAAUCCGACUACGAUGUUGUCCGCCGCUCAGACACCGAGGAGGAUCCUUACUACUAUCACCAUCGCCUUCGAGUCCGCGAUUACGACGACCGUCGUCGCCGGGAGCUGAGCCCGGGUGAUUCAAUCUCCCAGGCCAGUCGCCGCCACCACAGCGAUCGUGACCGUGACUACAGUAGUGAUGAUAGCAUGGUCUACGUCCGCAAGGAGACUCGCUACGAGGAUGAACACGGUUCUCAUCACAAACGCCAUCUGGCCGAAGGUGCCCUCGUUGGUGCUGCCGGUGCUGAGCUGCUGCGCAGCCGCAGCAAGAAGAAGGGCGAGGAGGUCAGUCAUGGCAUGAGCCAUGCUAUGAAGACUGCCGGUGCUGGUGCCCUCGGUGCCGUGGCCGUCAAUGCUGCCGGUCAUGCCCGUGAUUGGUACCGUAGCAAGAGCCGAAGUCGUCACCGUUCGCACUCGUUUGACGAUGACCGUUCUCACCGUUUCAGUCACCACAGCCACAGCUAUCACAGCAGCCGUGGCCGCCAUGGACGUAGUCGCAGUCGUUCCCGCUCUCACUCCCACUCCCGGGCCAAGACCCUGAUGGAGCUUGGUCUUGGAGCAGCUGCGGUGGCUGCAGGUGUUGCCGCUCUCCGAAACAACAAGAACAAGGACGGCGAGCGCAAAAGCCGCUCGCGGACCCGCUCUCGUUCCCGUGGUCGGGCUUUGAGCUCUACCCGCUCAGAGAAGGGAGGUGAUGAUGCUCGCAGCGAGUCCAAGCGUCGCCAACAUAUGGCUGGAGCCGGUCUGGCCGGUGCUGCCGUUGCAGGUCUUGUCGAACACCACCGCAGCCGUUCCCGUGCUCGCAAGGGCGAACGUUCCAAGUCUCACAGUCGUCUUCGCAAGGCUCUUCCCGUUCUGGCUGCUGGUGUCGGCACUGCUGCAGCCACCGGUUUCUAUGAGAAAAAAAGGCCGAAAAAGACGGAAAAGACCCCCUCAGCCGUGAGCGACGCCGGUCUCGUUCUCGAUCCCGCAGCCGUCCUGCGUCCGAAAUACAAGAAACACCGCAGUCGCUCCCGUGAAAUCGCCUCCGCCGCUCUGGGCGCUACUGGCCUCGGCUAUGCUGCUGACCUGUACUCGCGACAUCGAGACCGCAGUAAGGUCGAAAAUGAGAGGAAUCGGACUCGAUACGAUGACGUUCACCGUGAUCCCUACGAGGAACACUAUGAUCCAGAGCCCUAUCCACCUUCUCCGGUCGUACACCCACCUCCUGCCGACAACUACUAUCCCAACAGCAACUACUUCCCUCCACCCCCGGGAUCCACCCCCAACCUGAACGCUACUCCUCAGCCCUACAACCCUGCUGACUACCCUCCUCCACCGGGCGCUGCCCCUCCCCCGCAGCCCUACAGCUAUGGUGCGCCGGGUCCCGAGCCGUAUGCCCCGCGCCCACGGAGAGCCGAUGAGAAUGUGAGUGCUUCAAGCGCAGCCCAGCCCCAACACGUCAACGACGGUGUGUUUUCCAUUGAAACGGUGCUUCAUCAUCAACAACCACAUCACUAA